GCAAAAUAAACGAACAGUCAACUUUGUAGUGGCUAUCUUCAACUACUUUGACCGACGAACUUCGAACGUGAGGAGCUUUCUUAUAUUUCGUAUUACGUAUUUCCCCCCUAUUGAUUGAUAAUUGAACCGUAGGUCUAGGAAGCCGAUCCAAGAUGUCUGAGGAGGAUGGAGGACCUGCCUUGAAGAAACCAAGGGUCCACUAUGGUUCCCUGGAGGAGCAUCUCAAGAAACCUGAUGCCUCUGAUGCUAUCAACAUGGGUCUCGAGGCAGGCAAUAUUAACCUCUCCAGUGGUGAAACAUUUGAUAUGGAAGAACACAUCAGUGAAAGAAGAAAAGAAUUAUUGGCAGAAUUUGAAAGAAGGAGAAAGGCAAGACAAAUCACAGUUUCAACAGAUGAUUCUGAAGUAAAGGCACAACUGAGGAAAUAUGGAGAACCUAUUUGUAUAUUUGGGGAAGGCCCGGCUGAGAGACGAGAGAGGCUUCGUCAUCUCCUUGCUGCUCUCGGGGAGAUGGCCGACCAAGACAAACAAGCCAAGAAAGCCAGCAAAGAGAAGGCCAAAGCUGAUCAAGCGGAAAAGCAAACUACGUGGUAUCAUGAGGGUCCUGCGAGUCUGAAAAAUGCCAGACUGUGGAUUGCUGAGUAUUCUUUACCAAGAGCUGAUAAGAGGUUACAGGAAGCAGCAGAAACCAUGAGGAUUCCGGAAUCUCAGUCAAACGCAAGGAGACAAGAAUUACACAGAAAAGCCAGAAGUCUAACAGCAAUAGGUAGUCAGGUUGGAGACCAAAGGCCUAUCUCUUAUUGUCGGUUCAGCCCUGACUCCAGAUUACUUGCCACAGCUUCAUGGAGUGGUCUGAUCAAGCUGUGGACUUCACCAGACUUCAAUCUGUUCAAGACACUGAGAGGCCACAAUGCCCAUGUGGGCUGUGUGGUGUUCCACCCUCAAGCUACCCUCUCGCUCUCCCCCAACGCCUGCUGCAUGGCUUCUUGCUCGGCAGACGGUGCGGUCAAACUCUGGAACUUUGAAAGUGAUGAACCCAUUGCAAACAUAGAAGGUCAUGAAGCAAGGGUGAGCAAAAUAGAGUACCACCCAUCAGGAAGAUUCCUUGGUACUGCUUGCUUUGACUCCUCCUGGAGACUGUGGGAUCUUGAGGUACAGGAGGAGAUUCUCCACCAGGAGGGCCACAGUAAAGCAGUCUACUCCAUCGACUUUCAGAAGGAUGGUGCUGUAUGUGCAACAGGUGGAAUGGAUGCCUUUGGUAGGUUAUGGGACCUGAGGACAGGACGAUGUAUCAUGUUCUUGGAGGGUCAUCUCAAGUCAGUACUAGCGGUCAACUUCUCACCAAACUGCUAUCAGCUUGCUACUGGUAGCGAAGAUAACACAGCUAAGAUUUGGGACAUGAGACAGAGGAAAGUACUUUACACCAUUCCAGCUCAUCAAAAUAUCAUAACAGGACUCAAAUUCCAAGGAACUUCUGGGGAUUAUCUCAUCACCUGUUCAUAUGAUGGCACAGCAAAGGUUUGGGCACAUCCAGGAUGGUCGCCUCUCAACACUCUGGCAGGGCAUGAUGGGAAGGUCAUGUCCGUUGACCUGUCACCUAAUGAGAAAUACAUUGCCACAUCGUCGUUUGACAGGACAUUCAAGUUGUGGGCUCCCGAGUGAAUGAAAUAAAGUGGGAUUUUUCUUUUCUUAUUUCUACUUUCACACUGGACACUGGAGACAAAUUUAUAUAAAAACAUGCUCACAAGGACCCAAAAGGUGAAAAAUUUUCCCUUUCUUCAAAUCAUGGAUAUUUGAUGUGGUCCUUUUUUGUAACGGAGAGGUUUUGAGACACUUGUCAAAUACGAUUACUCCUUCGCACUGGAAAUUUACGUAAAUAUUAAUCGCUCACUACAAUUAAGACAAAGACCAGGAGCCUGUUUCAUAAAGGACUGUUGUAACUUUGCCAUUAUUGGCAACUACAUAUACCAUGGUAACAGGGCUCAUCAGCCAUUCAGAAUCAAGGUUACCAUGGUAGUUGCCAUAAUGGCAAAGUUACAUCAGUUGUAAGCCCUUUAUGAAACGGGCCCCAGGGCUGAAUUAUGAAAUUGUCUCAUCUCCUAUUUAUGUUUUAAUUGCCUUAGCAACUACAAGUAAAUUUACAAUAAUUUGAUGGCUGUUGUAUUUCAAUGUUGAGUGCAACUUUUAUUGGUCAACAAGAAGUAUUUAUUGCUGGAUUUCGGAAGAACAUCCUGUUUUACAAGAGGAGACAUUCCAAAGAUAUUACAAAGAUAGAUUUGCAGAUUUUUUACCAAUUUAAUGAUCGCAUUAAAGAUGAAUUGUUUUGGAGAUGCCCCAGGAAGAAUCUCCAUGUUAUGUCGGCAUAGAAGCGUAAAAAUCAUAAGCGUCAAGGGGGCAAAAGAAAUUAAGCCUACAGUCAAUAAUGCGCUACAUGUUUUUUUUACAGGAGAGGCACUUCUCUAUUGGUAGAUCGGUUCAUGUAGAAUAAGUGUUUGGUGGACAAAAUGUUAUCUUGCGGAGAUCACAGAAAAUACAAGACAAGACAAUUUGCAGAAUACCACCCCAAAAGUCUGUUUAAAUGACGACAUCAACGUCAAAGCUAAAAUAUGCUUGUUUCAGAUGUCUGCUGUGGCCAAAAUUCAGGCAGUAAGACUUUAAAAAAACUUUGUUGAAAUUCAUGUGGACUUCAAAAGUUCCCAAAACAGAAUGUUGAAUUCCAUCCUCAUGUAGAUCCAUGCUUAUUAUAUUCUCUCAAGAAUACAAUUUCUUGUAUUCUUAUCUUGACCUGUUUUUAGACAAACUCAUCUCUCUCAAACCAAGUCAAAACAGGAAGAUACAAUAAUCCUAAGCAUUCAGUAAAAUGUAAAUUUUAUUCUCUUUUGUACAAAGAUGUGAUUUUUUUACAUAAUAAAAGAAAGAGCUAGUGCUUCGUAGAGUACUGGUGAGAUUCAAAA